UCACCAAUAUGACUGCAAAUGAUGAUGAAAAAUUUCUAGAAACAAUAAAAAAUUUUCGCCUAAUUAAUAAUGAUAAACCAAUACCAAGUCCAAUUCCAUUUAGUAGUGUGUUGGUUAGCAUAAAUUCACAUGAUCAUUUUAGUGACAAUUCAUUUGAUAGUUCAGAUGUUGAAAUUGAACAAAAUUUUCCUAAAACAUUGCCAUCUUCAGAGUUAUCAUCGUUUAAAUCAUAUCAAAUUGAUGAAAAUGAUGAUUCAAUGAAAAAACAAAGUGAUCUAUUUUCUAUGGAUAGCAAUGAUAUAUCCGACGAGAGCAUUGGCAGCAGCAGUAAUAGUUUAAGUAGUGAAGAGAUCGAAUUUCAACAUUCAUUUUCACUACCAUUAUCAUCAUCAUCAUCAUGGACCAAAAAUCAUCUGUUUGAUGUUAUUAACAAUAAUGAAGUUGAUCUAUUAAACCGGAACUCAAAAUCUCAUUUUUAUAUUGAUGAUCAUGAUCAAUGGAAUGAUCAUAAUAAUUAUGCAUUUACAAUGAAAAAAAAUAUACGUCCAUUACGUUAUGCAUCAUCGGAUCAUCAUCCAAACAUAACAUGGCCAGUGAAAAAAGUCGCCGAAGUACAUGGUAAUAUUACAUUAGGUGGUCUAAUGAUGGUACAUGAACGUGAAGAUCAAAAAAUUUGUGGACCAAUCAUGCCACAAGGUGGUAUACAAGCAUUAGAAGCUAUGUUACAUACAAUCGAUUAUGUCAAUUCACAGCCAAAUAUUUUACCUGGUAUUACAUUGGGUGCCUACAUACUUGAUGAUUGUGAUAAAGACACCUAUGGUCUUGAGCAAUCGAUCGAUUUCAUUAAAGGUUCCAUCACCAAUCUGGAUGAUAGCUAUAGCUGUUCAGAUGGUUCAACACGUUUACAGAAACAGAAACGAAUUUGGGGUGUAUUGGGAGCUGCAUCAAGUGCAACAUCGAUUCAAGUUGCCAAUCUACUACGAUUGUUUCGUAUCCCACAAGUGAGCUUUUUUUCGACAAGCUCCGAACUAAGCAAUAAACAACGUUUUGAAUAUUUUCUACGUACAGUACCAAGCGAUAAAAGUCAAGCAAUGGUUAUUGUUGAGAUAGUCAAAAGGCUUAACUGGUCAUAUGUUUCUAUUAUUUAUGAAGAGUCAAUUUAUGGUAUAAGGGCAUUUAAUGAUCUUGAAGAGCUUCUUGAAGAGACUGAUAUUUGUAUUGCUAUUAAAGAACGUUUGACCAAAGAUUCUGGCAUUGCAGCAAAUAGUUCUUAUGAUAAUAUUGUUCGUAAAUUGGCAACUAAACCAAAUUCAAAAGGAGUGAUCGUAUUCGGAUCUGAUCAAGAGGUAGCAUUAUUAAUGCAAGCAGUUAAACGUAACAAUGCUACUGGUCAAUUUUAUUGGAUUGGUUCGGAUGGCUGGAGUGCAAGAAAACUAGUAUACGAUGGUAAUGAACAUCAAGUUGAAGGAACAAUUUCGGUACAACCAAUGGCAAGUCCUGUACCAGGUUUUUUUGAUUAUUUUUUCUCAUUGACACCACAAAAUAAUAUUCGAAAUCCAUGGUUCAUUGAAUAUUGGGAACAUACGUUCAAAUGUAAAUGGCCCAAUAGUGAUUAUACACCAUAUAAUUUGGAAUUUAAAAAAAAUUGUACUGGUUAUGAACGAACAAUGAUAGCUGAAAAUGAAAGCGAUGAUGAUGUUGAAAUGCAAUUACAAUUUGUCAGUGAUGCUGUACUUGCAUUCGCUUAUGCUAUACAAUCGAUGCAACGUGAAUUAUGUUCCGGUACUCAUGGUGUUUGUCCACGAAUGUUGGCCGCUGAUGGUAGCCAAUUAUUACAACAUUUACGCACUGUUCAAUUCAAAGGAAUGAAUGGUCAUGAAUUUCAUUUUGCUGAAAAUGGUGAUGGCCCUUCACGUUAUCGUAUAAUUCAUUUUAAACAAGUUGAAGAAAAUAAAUUCGAUUGGAUACAAGUGGGCGAAUAUGUUUAUGGAAAUUUGAAUAUAAAUUUAAGUAAAGUACAAUUUCGUCUAUUGGAUCCUGAUCCACCAAUAUCAGUUUGUAGUCAACCAUGCGAAAAAGGUCAAGCAAAAUCAUUUCUUGAAGGAGAAAAAUGCUGUUUUCAUUGUAUCAAUUGUACAAAAUAUCAAAUAUUAGUAUCGGAAACACAAUGUAUUGAUUGUCCAUCAGGUUUUCUUCCCGAUUCCGAACAAAUCGAAUGUAUUGAAAUACCCGAGGAAUAUAUGCGACCCGAUAGUUCCUGGUCUGUUGGAGCGCUAAUAUUUGCAUCCAUCGGUAUUGUUUUCACAAUUUUUGUCAUCAUCAUUUUUAUUCGUCAUAAUGAUACACCUGUGGUCCGUGCUUCUGGUCGUGAAUUAUGUUAUGUGCUUUUAAUCGGCAUUCUUAUGUGCUAUAGUAUGACAUUGUUUUUGGUACAAAAACCAACCAUUUUUAUCUGUGGUGUACAAAAGGCUGGUAUUGGCCUUUGCUUUUCCGUCGUAUAUUCUGCCAUAUUAAUCAAAACGAAUCGUAUUUCACGUAUAUUUAAAGCCGGAAAACGUUCAGCACGUCGCCCUUCAUUUAUAAGUCCAAAAUCACAGUUAUUAAUCUGUGGCGGUCUCAUCAUGAUUCAGUGCUUUAUCAUUGCCAUCUGGUUUGCAUUUACACCCCCAAAAGUAAUUCAUUUUUAUCCAACGCGUGAAGACAAUAAGCUUAUCUGUCAAGCGUCCAUUAAUGCUGGAUAUUUUGUUGCAUUUAUGUAUCCUAUAUUUCUAAUCGUGGUCUGUACUGUUUACGCUGUGAUAACACGUAAUAUACCAGAAGCAUUCAAUGAAUCAAAAUUCAUCGGUUUUACUAUGUAUACAACUUGUAUUAUAUGGCUUGCAUUUGUGCCAAUAUAUUUUACAUCAUCACAAAGUAAUCAUAUAGCGCUCAAUUUGACAACAUUAUCUGUUUCAAUAUCACUUAGUGCAACGGUUACAUUAUUGUGCCUAUUUUCACCAAAAUUAUACAUUAUUCUUUUACAUCCGGAAAAGAAUAUUCGCCAAUCAGUUACAAUGCCUCAACAUAAAUAUUCGACAACAUUACAUCUUCAAAAUACACAGCAACAACAAUCUAAUCAAAAAGCUGUGAGCAUAACACCAACAGCACCGCCGUCCUCAUCAUCAUCAAAUACGAUAAUGGCAGCUAAACCAACAGUACAACCAGAUCCAUUAUCGACAUCAUCCAUUGUUGGUGGUUCGGGUGGACAGAAUGCCGUACUCAAAAUGAAAACAUUCAAUAUUCAAAAUGAAGAUUUUAACAACGGUUGUAUUGAAAAACAACAUCAACAAUCAGUUAAUCGAGUUGAUUCAUCUACACAAUCAGAUGAAUAUGGAACGUCCGAAAUUAUGAUUGUUACUAAUUCUGAUGGUCAGCAUGCAAAAAUUUCAACGGAUGUUCGCUAUGCAACAGCAUCAACUAUGACCAAUAAUGAUGAUAUUAUUCCUCAUCAUCAUAAUUGCUGUAAUAGUAAUAAAAAUAACAACACAUUUACCAAAUCGGCAAAUAUUUUCAUCAACAUUAUCAUCGUUAUCACAAUCUGCCUUUGAAACAACCAUAAAAGUUCCGGUU